AUGUCAACAAUCGGCACAACAACAACAAUACAAACAACUACAGCACCAAACUCUUUAGUCAUGAAUCCAACAUCUAUGUUGGUAGAGAUGAAAAGCUUCAUUCCUUCUUCAUAUACUUUUGAAACAGAAAUCCAGAAGAUAAAGCAGGAACUUUUAACAUGUAAUUUAGACUGUAGUGCGAAAGAUGAAACAAAUGAAGAAUAUCUUUAUGAAAUGCAGGACAUUAUUGACCAUUUGCCUAAAUUGCCUGAAAUCCAACAACAAAAGCUCACUAUUCCUGAAUUCGAUGAAAUAGAAGUCAAAGCAACUGACUCAGUAGAAAUAAAGAAGUUCAUACGAAAG